AUGGGAAAAUCAAAAGCACUUCAACUCGCACUUGAACAACUUUCAAAGCAACAAAAUGAUAUUUCUACCUCGUUUCAAACUUCGGCCUCCUCAACUUCAUUUCAAGCCGCUUCAACUCUUCCUUCCAAACGCCCAAAAUGUGAUGAUGUUCCUGAAGAUUUGGACCUUAACGAUGUUUAUUAUCCAAAAUAUUCGGUUCUACAAUUAAUCUCAACCCGAAGAAAGCCUCGAACACAAUCAACCCCACCAAGACCACCUAAUUCUUUCUUCCUCAUGAAGAAUUGUUAUAUGUUGGAAUUAAGAAAAUUGGGUUAUAGGUUUUGUAUGCCUGACGUUUGUCGUCAAAGUAAGCAAAUUUGGUCAAAUAUUCCUAUCGAUGUUAAAGAGAGAUAUGAUAAUUUAGCGUUACAAGCGCAAAUUCUUCAUCAAGAGAUGUAUCCCGGAUACAAAUUUCAACCAAAGAAAAGGCAAAUUUUUAAAUCACACGUUUUUCCUACCGAGGAAAAUACCGUCGAUAGUAGCAUGAUAAACACCUUUAGCAUGACGAACUUUCUUGCGAAUAAUUCAACCACAAAGAAUGAUAUCAAAACAAAAGAUUCAGAACUUUCAGGGUCCCCACGAUUGCGUUCACCGCCUCAAACUCCUCCCCAAACGAUAUCUUCCCCAACAGUUUCCUCCACUUCAUCAUCUUCAACUGUAUCGGAAUUAGAUUUUUCACCAAGCACUUCCCCUGUUCCACCUUCAUAUAUACCUCCCUCAAUAAUUAAUCAACAUAACCAAUCUUUACUUCCUGUUCCCAUCAACUCAAAUGCUCCAAUUGAUCCCGAAUUAUUUUAUGAAUAUAAUGUAAUAGAUCCUUACUCUUACUACCAUCAAACUCAUUCGCUUAAUGCUGAUCAUUAUUAUCCAGAAGUUUGUGGAUAUAAUUCUUUUAAUAAUUACUUUCUUCAAAAUCCAUCCGUUUCUUCCUCUGAAACCGAUAGCUUUUAUUCACAUUCAAUAGAUGCACAAUUUAUCUCUUACUCACCAGAUGAACAAGUCUCGUACAACUGA